GGGCGCCGGCGAGGCGAGGCGGGGUGCGGCGCAGGGCAGAGCAGAGCAGAGCGAGCGGCAGUUGUGAGCGGCGUCGCUGCUCCCUGCUGUUGCUCCUGCCUUCUCCGCCGCCCCGGGCUGCCGCCGCCGCCGCCCCGGCAUGAGGAAACGCAACGAGUCGGUCACGGUGGAGCAUGAGCGCGCCGCCGCUGCCGCCGCGCCCGCGCCCCUCGACAAGGGCUGCAGCCUGAGGCACAGCCUGCGCCUGCCCGCCGCCUCCGCCGACUCGGGUAUGAAGCGACCGCUAGGCAGGCGAUCUGGAUUAUGGUUUCGGUUGCGGAAGUUGAUCAUCUGGUUGCUGGGAGUGUACAUAGCUGUUCCAUUUCUAGUCAAACUUUGCCCUGCUAUUCAGGCUAAGCUGGUCUUCCUAAACUUUGUGAGGGUCCCAUAUUUCAUUGACUUGAAAAGACCACAGGAUCAAGGUUUAAACCACACUUGUAAUUAUUAUCUGCAGCCAGAGGAGGAUGUAACCAUAGGAGUCUGGCACACAGUCCCUGCAGCCUUAUGGAAGAAUGCCCGAGGAAAGGACCAGUUGUGGUUUGAAGAUGCUUUGGGUUCCAGCUAUCCUGUCAUCCUUUACUUGCAUGGCAAUGCAGGAACAAGAGGAGGAGAUCACCGUGUGGAGCUGUAUAAGGUUCUCAGCUCCCUUGGAUACCAUGUGGUCACCUUUGAUUAUCGAGGCUGGGGUGAUUCAGUCGGGAGCCCGUCAGAGAGGGGCAUGACCUACGAUGCCCUGCACGUCUUCGACUGGAUAAAGGCAAGAAGUGGAGACAACCCUGUCUACAUCUGGGGACACUCCUUGGGCACAGGGGUGGCCACAAACCUGGUGAGACGCCUCUGCGAGAGGGAGACACCCCCGGAUGCCCUGAUCCUGGAAUCUCCGUUCACCAACAUAAGGGAGGAGGCACGAAGUCACCCCUUCUCUGUGAUCUACAGAUACUUCCCUGGCUUUGACUGGUUCUUCCUUGACCCCAUCACCACCAGUGGGAUUAAAUUUGCAAAUGAUGAGAAUGUGAAAUACAUUUCCUGCUCCCUGCUCAUCCUUCAUGCUGAGGAUGACCCAGUGGUACCGUUUCAUCUCGGGAAGAAGCUUUACAACAUCGCUGUGACAUCCCGGAGCUUCCGAGACUACAAGGUGCAGUUUGUUCCGUUCCACACAGACCUGGGCUACCGGCACAAGUACAUCUACAGGAGUCCAGAGCUACCUCGAAUACUGCGGGAAUUCCUGGGAAAAUCUGAACACGAGCAUCAGCACUGAAGCCUGGCUGCUUGGCAGCACAGAGGUGUCUCCUUCCUUUCCUUCCUCUCUGCCCUUCUGCUCCUCCCCCCUCCUCCCUGUGGGUCAGUCUGCCAUUCUUCCAUCCCUGGCACUGAAGGAGGUCAGGGAUUCCCACUCCGCUCCUGCUGUGUACCCGUGGCAACUCCAGCUCCCGGCCUCAGCGCCUGCGAGGGUAGAAGAAAGAAGUUGAUGGCUGCUUCUUAUUUUGGCUUUUUUUUCUGACAUGGAUGAAGAGAUGAGGACAGCCCAGGAGCUAGCACCAAACCCUGCAAGCACAACAGAGCCUGGACAAUCCAGCGUGGUACCCCUGGGGGCAGACAUUCCUAGGCCGUGCCCAAGGCUGGUUCUUUCACUUCUAAAACGCUGCUGCUGUUGGGGUUUUUGGCUCAUGUAGAGACUCACUGGUAGGUGAAUGGCUUUUGCCCUGUCUCCACAGCUCUUGAGUUUGAGGUGUUCUCUUUCUAGGAAAUCAAUGUUUUUGUCUUUCCCUUUUUUCCUCUUGCUACCUGGGAGAUCCAGGCAGGGAGAGCUGUUUUUAUGCAGCCUCUCUGCCACACUGUGGUGCAAGUGUUGAGCUAAUUACAUUCAUCUGGAAAUAAAACUGAAGAUUUGCUCCCUCCCCCCUUUAAUUUAUUCUUCCCUUUCAAACCUCAGUUUGAUGGAAGAGGUUAGUGCCCUCUUAUCUUUUUCCCUCUGAACAUCAUUUCUUGCUCCCUGUGGAUCUCCUACCCUUCUUCACAUGCACUUCUUCUUAGGCCUGGAGUGGUUUUAAGUAGAUGAGUUGCAAAGUUGGGAGUUUAAGCCAGCAAGUGUGAUGUUACUUUUUGUUUGAGCUUCCUCUUCCAUGAACACAGGCCCAGGAUGGGGGGAGGGAUGUCUUCCAUUCUCCCCCUGCACACUCACACAGACCUGUGCUUCCUUUUGGGUGGGAGGGACAAGCUUUCUCUUGGUUUUUUGUUCCCUCCACUACAGUUUUACUCUGCAGGUUAGGUUUUCCUCUUCCUGGAGGGCUACACUGUUCCUCUGCAGUUAAAAGCAGGCAGUGGUAUGCAGUUCUUGAUGCAAAAAAACAGAUGGGGAGGGACAUCCCAGACCGCCCUUCUGUGCUCUGGGCCUCCCAGGUGCAGUAGCACUUCUCAGCCCAUCUCACAGCCACGGCUGGAGCAUGCUGCCCAGGAGACUGAGGUGGAAAGGAGGAGAUGGACAUCUGGGGAUGUCCUUGCCCUGCCUGGGGCUAGCACAGGGGCUGGCUGUGCCUCUGUGGCGGUCCUGUGCCGACUCCGUGGCGUCUGGCUGCCCCGGGCCUGCCCCGUGUCAGUCUGUACAGACACUACCAGGUGCUGUAGGUGUAGUCAGUAGCACUGAGAGUGACUUGUGCUGCCUGAAGGAUCUGUCCAGGGCUGUGCAGCGUAGCAUCCACCGCUCAGCGUGCGUCGUGCAGGCUCAUCCUGGCUGCAAAGCAGACUGCAGCUUUGUUGUACCCAGAUCCUUCUGCUGUAGCCU